GCCUAUUUAGUACACAGGUGUAGGGAGUUGGACUGUAUUGGAUAUGUAGCCUGUAAAAAGUUAGAAAUGAGUCUGUGGCUUUUUAACGGCGAGAAUUCUGUACAUGGAAAUGUUGUUAGAAAAUGUGGCCCGUUUUUGUGUUCUGUUUAUUUUGGUUCCAUUCUGGAUGACAGAGAGCAAAAUUGUGAGGCACUCUUUAGAUGAUGACCUCUUGUUGCCCUACUCUGAUAGUCACGGUCCGUCUCAUUCCCAUCGGUACGUGAGGGACUGUCAGCCACUCCUCCAUGGAAACCUUACCCAUGAAACCUGGCAGGCAAGCGCACACUCUGGCUCUCCUGUAGUAGAAUCCAAGAAUUUUGUCUCAGCAGUCAGCAGUUCAGUGAGAUGGGUGAGUGGCCACAUCACAGUGGUUCAUGACCCGCUGAGAACAGUGUCGGUCCUGGAGCCCGGAGGCUCCGGAGGAUGUCUGAAUUUACGUAGAGAGCUUGUGGAAAACACUGCUAAAACAAGGAAGUGUCUGAUCGCACAGAAUGGUGGAUAUUUUAACACAAGUAAUGGACAGUGCUUAGGGAACAUUGUAAGUGAUGGCAGACUGGUACAGAAUAGUAGAGGAGUGCAGAACGCUCAGUUCGGCAUCAGGAAGGACGGGACACUGGUGUUUGGUUAUCUAUCAGAGGAAGAGGUGUUGGACAGAGUAAACCCUUUUGUGCAGCUGGUCAGUGGGGUGGUUUGGCUGCUCAGGUCAGGAGAAGUAUACAUCGAUGAGAGCUUAAAGGCUGAAUGUACAGCGUCUCAGGAGACAGGAACAUUCCAGGAAUUUGUUAAUGUGAUAUCCGCACGGACAGCAGUGGGCCAUGAUGCCAAGGGAAGACUCAUUCUAUUCCACAGUGAUGGCCAGACAAAUGUCAGAGGUAUGAACCUAUGGGAGGUGGCAGAGUUCCUGAAGAAGCAGGGAGUCAUCAAUGCCAUUAAUCUGGACGGAGGUGGCUCUUCCACUUAUGUCCGUGACGGGUUACUGGCAAGUUUCCCCUCAGAUCACUGUGAUGAUCCGAUGUGGCGAUGUCCUCGGGCCGUGUCCACCGUGCUGUGUGUGCACGAGCGUCUCUGCCAGCCUGAAGACUGCAACAAGCAUGGGACCUGUGUAGAUGGCCAGUGUGUGUGCCAACCUGGCUGGGCCAUGCCUACAUGUGCCAAUCUAACAUGCCAGCCUCCAGCCUGUGGAGACCAUGGGUUCUGCACCCCAGAUGGCUGUGUGUGCGACGCAGGGUGGAUAGGUGUAAACUGCAGUCAGGCAUGUAACGCAGGUUUCUAUGGCGAUGGGUGUAAGGACAAAUGCAUGUGCAAAAAUGGAGGAACUUGCGAUCAUGUCAAUGGACAAUGCACUUGUCCUGCUGGUUUUCAUGGAUAUUCCUGUGAGCAAGAAUGUCCUCUAGGAUACUACGGGCUGCUUUGUUCGCAAAUGUGCCAGUGCAGUGACCUUUGCCCUUGUGACUCUGUAACGGGAAGCUGUUAUGCCACAUUCCACAACCAGAGAAAUACCAGUCUGCAGAGAGCUGGUCAUUGUCUAGCCACCCAAAUGAUGAAGGAGUGGCGAGAGAAAGACAAGGCUUACAUGCAGAGGGCUUAUCUAUCAAAGCAGAGCUGGAUGGUUAGCACUGCCGUUCUGGCUGCAAUCUUGCUGACCAGUCUCAUUGGAAACUUAAUCCAAUGGUGUGGAAAAUGCAAAGGGGGUCUGCAGAAGGAGUAUUCCUUCGUACCGCUAGAGGAAGAUCACAAGUCUUGGGAUAGUCCAAAUCAUUUGAGGACACAGCCUGGCAAAGCUUUCUUUCAGCCAGAUGACAGCGAAUAGCUGUGUGUGUGUGUGUGUGUGUGUGUGUGUGUGUGUGUGUGUGUGUGUGUGUGUGUGUGUGUGUGUGUGUGUGUGUGUGUGUGUGUGUGUGUGUGUGUGUGUGUGUUUUGGUACAUGUGUGUGGGUGACCACCAACAAUAAGCACGUUUCUGUAUAUACAGGUUAGUACCUCACAUGGCCUGUGUAGUCAGUAAAAGAUGCCUCUUGUGGCAUGUGCUCAUUAAUCUUGAGGUUUAUUAAUCACACAGUGAAGCAGGUGUUCCUGUAUGUCAUCAUUCCUAAUAGUCAGUGAGUUCACAGAGCUCCUCACAGACAAUACUGUGGUCAAAAUAAAAACUACAAUCAAACUGAGGCUCUAAAUUCAAACAAGGACCUGCACAUCUGUGUAUGUCUUCGGUAGCCAUAUCCUGGCCUUUAUGGCAUUGUUACAGUAUAUAACAAGUGGUCAUCAUUGGCAUUCUGUGAUUUCUUUAUAUUACUCACUUUGAAAAAACUCAGGAACUUUAAAUUUGGUCAUCAGGGUUGAAUAUUCAACUGCUUGUGGGCUACUUUGUGAUUUUGAUGUUUUUGUACAACUUGUUGCCAUAGAAGCAGACCAGAAUUGAACUGUGAAUGUAAUAACAAGGUUUGCUACUGUAUUUACCUUUUAUGUUCAUUUUGAAAGCAGACUCACCCUACUUGGCUUACAGCCUAGUACAUGUUGUCUUGAACCAUUUCCCCUGGCAUACAUUGUAAAAUCAUGGCCUGAUAAGUUUUCAUAGACUCUAAGAAACCAAAACAAGGACAUCUCGAAUGGACUUUGACCAUGGCACAGUGAGAUGGGAAAAUGGCAGGAUGUGUUAGCUUAAGUGAAGUGGAAUUACACUUUAAUAAAUGCAUCAUGCAAGGGAACUAUUAAUGAAGCCUACCCUUCAAGUUUAGUGCCUUUUAUAUACCUGCUGACUUGCAACUCCAAAACAAAGUAUUUUUAUGUUGUCAGUGUCUCUUUUUUGUACACCAUUACUGUAGAGUGACAUUAAUCCUUGCACUGUCUGUGAAUUCAUCAUUGUUAAAAGCACAGAAACAGAUUUGAAUCUCAAGAUGUUUUAAAAUUUAGGGAUAGAACAAUGGCCAAUUUUAUGAAUUAUUUUCAUAAUGCACAGAUUCAUAGUGUUUGUAUUUAUCUUUUAAUUUAUCUUUUACAAUUAUGGAGCUCCUCCCUGAUGACUCAGUUAAAAAUUUACAUUCCCAUAAAAUGAUACAUUCCCAUUUAUACUAUACUUUGAAAGGGAAUAAAGGGAGGGUUUUUUGUUUGUUUUGUUUUAAUUACUUACUUACUUGCUUGCUUACUUUAAUUAAUUAGUUAAUUAAUUAAUUACUUAAAAACAAACUUUUUUUUUUGGGAGCUUUCACAAAUCAUACUUGGUAAUGAGGCCAAUGAGAGUCCAGUUUUUUGUUUUUUUUUGGGGGGGGGGGGGGUAUUUUUCUGCUUAGAAUACAUUACAACAAAAAUGAUCACAAAAAUGGGAAAGAAAUUUUCUAAUUUUUUUGUGACAAUGUUAAACAAAAUGUUGAUGUUCAAACACUUUCCAGUUUUCCUGUCCUAUCAAAUUUUAACUAUGUGAAUGUUAUUGAAGCAGGCUUUGGAACAAUUCAUUCUGUGUAAUACUAAGAGUUAAUCAGAAUCAUUUUAUGUGUAACAGUGUUUUUGUUUGUUUUGUACUCAGAACUUUGCAUUUGGUUCAUGUGGAUUUCCCCAUUCUGAUUUUGUCUGACACAGUUUUUCUGCCUCACAUUCUAUUGGACCAGUAAUUUUUUCCAUUGCUUUAGUAGUUUCACUUUAUUUAAAAGCAACAUAUCGAUCAUUUACAGUUCCAGGUUUUAUUUGUGUAUUGUUGAUUUGUGUUUUUUCAAUGUCAAAGACUCUAGUAAUGCAGCAGAGACUUUGAACUCCUGGCUUAAUGUGCUUAUGUCUUUUGUGUUAUCAUUGCUGCUGCUGUACAUGUGUACAAGUGGUCAAUAAUGUGCUAAAUCCAUUUAAUCAUUUUCUAAAUUAUCUGAUGUUUUAUUAAGUAAGAUAAAUAAAGUAAUGCAUGUAUACAUAAAUCAUGAGAUUUACAAAUGUAUUAACUAAAAGGGAAUCAGUGGAAUUUUUCUAAGGUGGAACAAUAUUCACAGGUUUUACACAACACCUCUAAAAUUAAAAGUGACAAUUUUGGACAGAACUUAUUUUUUAAAUAUUUGGUUUAAGGACAUUUGCACUCAUUUGAUAUUUGAACAUUAAAAAUAGGUUAUAUAUUCCUAAAGAUUUGAAAAUGUUUAAAUUAUUAAAUGUUCUAUUAAAAAGUGUUAAAUGAUGAACAACAGAUGGUGGUGCUCUACACUAAUUAUACUAUUUGUAGGUGUGAAGGUUAGUUUGUUUUUGUUUUUUUUACUUUUUUCCCCACUCACACCCACUACUCCAGGAAUUCUAACAAUCCCAACUGCCCUUUUAAAUAGUGCAAGCCAUAGCUGGAAUUGAUAACCUCAUAUCUGAAAAUGAAUGUAUUCCCAUGCUGAACAAGUAACCUGCCAUGUUCAGUGCAGUCUUUUGAUAAAGAACAUGGACAAAACAAGAACAAAAUUUCUUUGUCCUGAAAGCUUUGUAUCUGUCCACUUGCUCCAGUCUACAUGAGAGUAAAAACUGCCCCUCUCCUCCAGUAUCAGUGUUCAGCAACAAAAUAGUUUACAGUUCAAGUUUGCUUCUAAUUCAGCGAUGUUUCGUUAAACACUUUUAGAAAAAUCCAUCUUGUAUGUACCAAAAAUUGGCAGGGUUGGGCUCUCUCUCACUCACUCACACUCACUCAUAUCUCUGCAAUUUAAGCCCGAUUUUUGCUAAUCAUUUGGUAUGCCAUUAUGGAAGCUGUAUUGUUGAGAUUAUGGCAUUACAUGACAGGAUGAUACACCUGUCAGUUGCCAGACUGCCUCAGGCUGGACACUCCCCCUGGUGUGUACUGUUUAGCUGAUGCAAUCCUCCACGCAGAUUUCAAUCUGUAAAUUCAUUUACCUGAUCUACCAUUUUACUCUAUCAAUUUUCUGCAUACAAGCAUGGUAUUAUUUACUAUUACUUACAUAUCUUUGCUGUUUACCCUACUUACAUAAUCGCUUAAAUGAAAGCAAAUGUCCAUCUUGAAUUUGUCAUUUUGUACAUAAGAGUAAAUACAGGUUGAUUUAGCGUUGACUACCAAAUUUCAGCUUUGUUUAACACUGACUUCUUCCCUGAGGAAUCGAUAUUACUUAAAUAAAAUUACUUAAGUGACUGUCUAUAUCUGAUUAAAGUAUUGUGUGUUAUUUUUAACUAUAUUAAAUAUAGCUAUCUACAGUAUUAGAUCUAAUGUUAACUAAACAAUCUGUUCACUGGGACUUGUAAUUUUCUGAUCUGAUAUUUAAAACUGCUGAAUUAAAAAAGUAUUUAAACAAA